UAGUAUGAUUGACAAGAAAACACAUUUUAACUAAGCAUGAAGGUUGAACCCUAUAAACCUAACUCAAAUUUGUCACCGAUUCGCCAAGAAACCCCGUAAAAUAGUUAAAAUUUUUACAGGACUGUGUUGGACUUGGAUCGGUAUCAACCACAAUUUUAACAUCUUGUGUGAUUCCUGUAAUUCUCAUGCCACAAUUCAACAGCAAUUCUGAUUCUGAUUUUUAGGAACAAGCAGCUCUUUGAAGUCAUGCUUCGAGAAACCCGUAUUCCUAUCACUAAAAUCAGGGCAGAUGGAGGUGUUUGCACCAAUAAUUUCAUCAUGCAACUCACAGCUGAUCUGUUGGGGCGCAAGAUAGAACGUCCAAGCCACUUUGACAUGUCCUGCCUUGGAGCUGCUUUUGUUGCAGGACUAGGAACAGGUUACUGGAGGAACCAAAAAGAGCUGAAGAAGCUUUUAACCACUGACCAACAUUUCCUUCCCCGAAGGAGUAAAGCAGAUUGGGACAAGGGCGGCCCAUACAGAGGUGUACUGCAGAGCUGGGAGAGGGCUCUUCAGCGCUCUAUGCACUGGUACAGCCAGCCCUGAUUGACCAGAAUAUAGGUUUCUUCUGUAAACUCCAUGUUCAUGUCAACAGGUUUAGGGCAGUUCUCUCUGUCACUGAGAAAAACACUUGAACAGUAUGAUUUCCAAUCUGGAUUUGGAAACAUGCAUAUCAAAGGUUAGUUACAGUUUUGCCAAAUCACGGGGGAUUUUACAGAUUUACAACUUGUUUGUGUAAAACCAAAUCACCCAGUUGUGAAUCCAGUGGUAUUAUGAUGAUGAAGCGGCAGGCUACAGCACAAUUCCUACUCGUAGUAUUAUGAUUUUGCCAAUCAAUAAUUUAGUCAUUAGGCACUAACAAUCAAUCAGUGCCUUAAUCCAACUAGGUUUUUUUUUUUUUAUAUAUAUAUAUGAACAAAUUAAUUUAUUUACCUCGCUAUGUGCCUUAAUGAGGUGCUUUUGUACAAGAGAUCCUCAGUGAGGUGCCUCCGUUACUCAUCUCCCAAAGGAUGACAUCUCACCCUAGAGGAGAAUUGUAAUUAUAUGUAAUUUGUGUUGUUUACAUAGAUGGGAGUAAGUUCAACUUACUGCUCUUUAUUUUGAUCAUACACUGAGUUAACAUAGUGCAUCCAUUUUAGUGUAUGGUAAUUUAUACAAGCAUUCAUUAAUGCUGUUGUAAUUUAAUUGUAAUUUUAGUUAAUAUUUUCUAAUUGCAUAUAUAGUCUUGGCAUUAUGUAGGUUCUUUUUUAAUCAAAUGUACCUCAUAAUACAAAAAGAAUGCUGCAAACAUGGAAAACUUGUUACCUGAAGGAUUAUAUUUCCUAAUGUUGUUUUUUUUUCUUCAGGUUUAAGCAUCUAACCGGCUAUGCUUGUUUGUAUACAAAACUGCAGUGUCCCAGAUUGUCACUUUAUACUAUCAACAGUGGCUAAUAAUAGCAUACAUUCAACUGUAGUAGAAAUGAGUAACUGUGAAACUGUAUAAUAUCCUAGGCUUUUAUCAGGAUCUUAAAGAGAGAAUAGACAGAAUAUUUGUGAAGAUAAAUAUAUUAAUAGAUUGUCAAAGAACUCAUUGUGCCAUGUUUCAUGUCAGUAUGUGAAAUUAGUUGUUUUAAUACAUUUUCAUUAUGCCA